AUGGAGAAACCUUUGCCUUUGAAUCCAUCCAAUCUCUCUACUCGAGAUUAUAUUGCUCGCACGUUAGGGCCCUUGGUUGCAGUGGCAGCAAGUGAAGAUGCCGAAGAAUUAUGUCGAGUAAAUCAUAUCCCCUCCUUUGCCGACUUUAUCAAGCCGUUUGGGGACAUGAUUGAGGGGCGAGUAACACCUCGUGAUUGGCAAGGUGUGCCUAUUCCUAUCGACAACUUCAACAUACGUUUUCGACCUAUCAACAAGUUGGAGGAACCCAACCAUCAGGCAGUGAUGAACCUUGUGCAGGAGAAUGUAAAGGAAAAGGGUGAGCAAUUUCAAGAUCUUACAGAAGAGAUUAAAACAAGAAGUGAUGUGAGUGAAGAGUACUUGAGAACCCCUUUGGACGAUUUGACACCUUGGUACGCAGAUUUUAAGAAUGCAGUGCUAUCGCUUCGAGGUAUCACAGAAUACGAGACAUUUGACCAUCCAGUAGCCACUAUGAUUGUGAUAUCAUCAUCCAAUCCAGAUCCUGUCAGCACAAUCAUGCAGCUCUACAAUCCAAAUGUGCCAUCGUUUACCGUUGAUAAGCCCUACGUGGAUACAAAUAUCUUGAGAUACUAUGUUGUGCUCCACGAUCCAAAUCGUACCAGCAUUGAACAAUCCAAUGCAGUAUUCGAGAAAUUAAAGCGCACCGUUGGAUUGCAUUGUUACCUGCUUAGAAUCAACUCAAACCCUAGAGAUCCAUUGGACGAUGAUAGUAUAGAGGAUCUUUCAGAGGAUGAAAUCAGGGCGAUCUGGGAGCAGGGACUGACAGAGUCGUACGCUGUAGAAUCCAAGCUACAGUCUUUCAGCGCAUCCUCAUCCACUACAUCUGUAAACUUAAUGGAAGCAGUUCCCAGCCCAUCGCUUCCAUCUUCGCCUAUCGUCUCAACUGCUUCGUCCACGCCUGGACACUCUCGCUCAACUUCGGUCUCUUCCAGCAUCAGCAAUCCUUUACAACCUACCGUCAUUCACGGUACAUCCAUUCAAUCAGUCCCCAUUGAUUUAUUGGACGAGCAGCUCAGUACAGAGGAUAACACAACUCCAGCACCCGAGACUCCAGUAACAGCAGCUGCGCCUGCUAUACAAUAUGGGCGAUGUAUGACCUCUGGUGAUGUAAAUAACGUCAAGGCGAUGGUUCGCGAGUUUACCAUUCAAAGCAUGAUUCCCUUCAUGGAGCGCAACAUUCAGCAUUGGAAUGAGCAGGUAGCUUCAGCACGUCGUGGCCUCACAGGUAGACUGUUUGGUGCCAGUCGUCGCCUCUUUGGCACCUCCACACGAAACCCAACUUCGCAAUCCGUGCAAACGAUCACAGUGCAUGGUGCCAAUGUACCUGUGGGUGCAAACGCACUAACGAUAUACCCUUAUGCAGCGCCCGAAGCACAAAUGCGAAAAUUAGCAGAUUAUGCCUUCAUGCUGCGAGACUAUAAAUUUGCACACACCAUCUACGACACAGUGCGCAGAGACUAUGCUACCGAGAAAGCUUAUAAAUACCACGCAGGAACACAAGAGAUGAUGGGUAUCUGCUUGCUCAUGACGAAUCAACCACUGACCAACAAGACGGACGUGGACAGACAUUUUGAAUUGGCUGUGCAACAGUAUUUGGGCCGCUGCAGGUCGCCCUAUCAUGCUACUCGGACGACCAUUGUGUAUUAUGAACUACUCAAGGCUCGUCGCAUGUGGAAGGACAUUCCUACUGCUCUUGUGCGUAUGACGGGCGAAGACUCGGAUCUGAGGUCCGGCUUAUUCUUGGAACAAGCGGCUCACUGUUUCCUGAGAGCACAUAAGCCCAUGGUCAGAAAGUACGGUUUCCACUUGGUCAUGGCUGGACAUCGCUACGGAAAGGCAUCCCAGCGUCUACACGCUUACAGAUCGUACAAGAUGGCCUCUUUUGUGCUGGAGAGUAAUGCAUGGUCUGUUGCCAAAUCACACAUUCAGUUUGCGCUAGGUCGUCAGGCAUUCCAUCUUGGCCGCUUGGAAGACGCCGUUACAUACUUUUCCAAUGUGUUGACAGACACAAAGCAGACACCUCAGCAGCAAGUGGCUCACAUACGCGAGUUCCUGUUCAUCUAUAAACAGUAUAUGGCAUCCGUUGGUAUGGACCCUCUCAAGGAGUCAUUGCCGCUUCUGGCGCUUCCUGUCAUUGAUGAUAAAGAUAUACAAGUGACGCUCUCCAACGCACAGUCGAACACAGCGCUCCGAGAGGAAUGGGCUUCCAUGGAGCUGGAAUUGCUAGAGGAGAGUAUCGCCAAUGGCUAUAUUUCGAGCUCCAAAAGGGCGAUGGCAGUGCAACAACAGGACGAUCAUCGUGUUGUCAGCGCUGUAGGAGAGCCUGCUAUUGUCCAUAUUGAGCUAUUCAAUCCUCUGCAAGUAGCAAUCUCAUUGGGCCAUUUGAUGCUUGGAUGCCAAUAUCAAGCGUCCACUGAAGUGCAAAAAGUUACAACUGAUGCUUAUCAAGUCAUGCCCGAAGGCACGCAGCAAGGGGAUUCUGACAUGUUUGAGUUCGAGAACUUUGACCUGCAAAAGAUCAAUGAAAUCACUUUGGAGCCCUUGGAAAAGAAAAUGAUCAAUCUUGCUAUUGUCCCCCGACAUGAAGGAAGUGUGCAAAUCAAUGGAUUGCACUACACGUUGAAUGAACUGGUGCACACAUUCAGGCCAUUCCACAAGAAGGGCAGGCGCUUGAACAAGACCAAGGAAGAAAUGAUGUCGGUCGUCUAUGCACCCGACAGAUCGCUCGAUAUUCUUGUGACAUCGCCCAUGCCACUGCUUGAUCUUGCCUUUCAUAACGUGCCUGAAACAAUUCUCUCGGGCGAAGUCAUUCAAACUGUGUUGGAGAUCAACAAUAAGGGCAACAAGGGAUUGACCGCACUCAGACUCAAGACCAGCCAUCCCAGCUUCAUUUGUGUUGGUAAUCCAGAAGACAUGGACAAGGAUAUCUAUGCGUCCGAUCCAUCGAAUGCACCUCCUCAAGUGGAACUGCAAAACAAGCUGUUUGAUGCUAGUGUGUUAUCUAUCCCCUUGCCAGCUAAAAAGAACGAAGAACGCAGUAAUGAGAAUGGUGUGGUCGUUCCCGGUGAAACGACGCUAGUACCCUUGUGGAUCCGUGGUGAUCGUAUUGGCAAGCACACGUUCAAGCUUUUGUUCUCGUAUCAGUCGGAUGAAGACAACGCCAUGAUUGCUCAUAGAACACUACGCUACACUGUAAACGUACAGGUGCUUCCUUCGCUCAAGAUUAACGCAUUCACUCGGCCCAGCACCACGGCUGUAAACGAGUAUAUUUUAGGCAUUGAAAUCGAGAAUUUGCAGACGGUUGCCAACUUUGAUUUGACGCAACUGACAGCAACAAGUCCCAUGUGGUCUAUCACACCGCUCAGUAUUGAUCUCUCGUCUGAGGAGGAUGUCUUGGCCAAGACCGUCAUACCUCCACGACAAACUACAUUUGCUUACUACAAGAUUCGUAAGUCGGAGCAGAUGGAUACAUCUUGUCCAGAAGCAUGGACAUCCAAAGCAUUAGGCACGUUGCUAAACAAGGGAAACACCAAAGCGAUCCCACCUCCUAUCCAUCUCAACGUGAGCAAAUUAGCCUUCAGACAGAAUGACAUUCCAUUCGACAUCAUACCGCUUAAAUCCUUUGCACGGAACUCUCGCAUGUAUUGGAGACAAGGUAGCUUGGAAGCUCAAUUCCCCAACAUUUCAAAAGACAAGUACAGUCAUCUCUUUACUCUUUAUAAUACGGCUGAUGUCGACUUGACCUUGUAUUGGGACAUUCCUCAGAUGAAGCGCCAUGGCCAUCAUUACAUUAUUGGCGUGAACCUAGGCGUUCAGCAAAACCCCUUCCAAGGCAGCUCUUCUUAUCUGACGGGUAAGGAAAGCCGUAGUUUGUUUGAAGCUACUGCCAAGGAGAGAGCUCUGUUAGUGAGCAGUUUGACACGUAACCGCGCAUUGAAGGACGAGAGUCCUAUCAAGCUAAAAAUCUCGUCACCAGAUCAGCAGAAGCAUGAUUUUGACAAGGAAGGGCUUUUGAAAGUACCUGUCCUCGUGUCCAUACGCAACUGUUCUUGGAACAGAAGCAGUAAAUACACAUUAGAAUUGUUACCAUCAUCGAAACCAGAGAAAACCAGCAAAGCAGGCAAUUUCAACAUCUUUCCUUUCCAUUGGACAGGCUCCACUGUAUUUUCAGGCAUAUUGAGGCCAGAAGAAAAGCUGGAUAUCCAAAUUUUUGCUACAUUCCAUUUACCUGGAGUGUAUGAUAUUAAUAGAUGGAAACUCACUGUACGUACAGACGAAAAGGACGAUGCUGAAGUCUUUGUACAUCAGCCUAGUCUACCUCAAUUAAUCACUGCCAUUGCCAUCUAA